GUUGCUGUCGGCCAUUUCUGUUGUCCCUGUAUAUCGACCUGGAAUUGGGGAACGAACAAUUUCCAGGUUUUAUUUCCAAUUUUACACACGGACAAUCGCUUUCAGCGGGAAUUUCGAAGCAUGGGGAACUGUCAUACAGUCGGUCCCAAUGAGGCGCUGGUGGUAUCUGGUGGUUGCUGCGGGGCCAAUUCAAAGAAAACUGUGAUCGGUGGAUGGGCAUGGGCAUGGUGUCUAGUCACGGAUGUUCAGAGGCUAACCCUGGAGGUGAUGACAUUGAAUCCACUAUGUGAGAGUGUGGAGACAUCUGAAGGAGUACCGCUAACAGUCACUGGGGUUGCCCAGGUCAAAGUUAUGACAGAGCCAGAGUUACUGGGGACUGCUUGUGAACAGUUCCUGGGCAAGGAUUUAGAACAAAUACAGAAUGUUAUUCUGCAAACAAUGGAGGGUCAUCUCAGAGCUAUUUUAGGUACCCUGACUGUUGAAGCAAUUUUUCAAGACAGAGACCAGUUUGCGUCCUUAGUACGUGAAGUAGCUGCACCCGAUGUGGGUCGUAUGGGCAUUGAAAUUCUUAGUUUUACCAUCAAGGAUGUGUUCGAUCGAGUCGACUACUUGGAUUCAUUGGGCAAAUCACAAACAGCUGUCGUCAAGAGAGAUGCAGAUAUUGGCGUUGCCGAAGCCAACAGGGAUGCAGGAAUUAAGGAAUCAGAGAGUCAAAAACAAAUGAUGGAUGUGAAAUUUGACGCAGAUACAAAAGUAGCAGACUCUGCCAGAAUGUAUGAAUUACAGAAGGCUGGUUUUGAGAAAGAAGUUAACGCAAGGAAAGCAGAAGCUGAACUUGCGUACGAACUCCAGGCUGCCAAAGUCAAGCAGAAGAUCAGGAAUGAGGAAAUUGAGAUUGAAGUUGUGGAACGUCGUAAACUGAUUGAUAUUGAAGAGAAGGAAAUUGCACGUAAAGAGAAAGAGCUGAUAGCGACUGUAAGGAGACCAGCAGAAGCGGAGUCGUAUAAACUAGAAACACUGGCUGAGGGUAGAAGGACGCAAUCUAUUUUGACGGCAAGUGCUGAAGCUGAGAGGAUCCGUGUUGUUGGCGGUUCAGAAGCUAGCUCUAUUGAGGCUAUUGGUAAAGCUGAAGCUGAGAGAAUGAGAAUGAAAGCAGCAGCUUAUAAACAGUAUGGAGACGCUGCUAUGAUGAGUCUUAUCUUGGAAGCUAUGCCAAAGAUUGCAGCCGAGGUGUCUGCACCGUUGGCAAAGACAGAUGAGAUCGUUCUGCUAGGCGGUGAGAACAAAACAACAAGUGAAGUCACAAAAUUACUCGGUCAACUCCCACCAGCAGUACAAGCACUCACUGGUGUUGACCUAUCUCAUGUUUUGACCAAGGUACCAGGAGCCAGAGCCUAAUCAGAAGAGAUUUAAAAAAAAAUGUCUUAAUAUUAAAAUUACUGUAUAUUAAUUUUUUUUUAAAACUAUAGUUUGAUUACAUGUAUUUCUACUAUAUUGUGUCACAGCUCGUGGGUCAAAACGACAUAUUCAUUUUUGAGUAUUUCUCUGCUUUUUAACUGAAUGAAUUUUUAAAAGUGUUGAAUAAACAUACAAGUGGAUUUUCUCCAUAAAAUAGUGUUGCUUUUACAGCAGAACUUCAAAAGUGAUAUGCAAAAUUUCACUUUUUUCCUGCGCAUGGUUUUUAAGUUUUCAAUAAAGAUUGUUUCUUUUCCUGAUUUCCAAAAGGUUUUAAAGAACAAACAACAAAAAGAGACUAUCUUUUUGUAUUUGACAUGCGAGCUCUGAUACCAAUGUGAUAUUACUACUUUCAGGGUCUGAUACAGCUGAACCGAGUUAUUUUUUUUUACCAAUUAGAUUAGUUUUAGUAAUGUUCACAAGUUUUAGAAAACUGUUAUGACUUUAAUUUAAUUGUUUUUGUAUUCAUAUACACAGUUAUUUUAAUCGCAAUUGUGUGUGUGAACCACUUUCUCCACACACAUGGAAAUAAUUAUGUUAAUGCUUAGGAAAAUUUUAAUAUUCAAAUACAUCCCCCUUGUAUGUAUAGUGCCCUCUAGAGGUGUCAUGAAGCACAUUUGAAAAUGUGUUCUUUGAUAUACAUCGAAAAAUCCAUAUUGCUAGAAGGAUGUCAGAUUAUUGACAUGCAUGGUAGGGGGCUCCUUCCCGGGUUAGUGUCAAUUAUUUAAUGUGUAUUUCAAUUCUUGAAUAUUUGUUUUCACCUGAUUUGGUAUUUGAACAUUACUGACGACACUAGGAAUGUACUGUUUUCUGUACGGAAUUACAAUCAACUUCUACUAUGCCUUUAUUUAAUUAACCAUUUAUCCCAUUAUAUUUCUUGUACUUAACGUGUCUACUGUGAAUUGUUGAAGCAAUAUUAUCAUUUACCAGCAUGUACAGUAGCAAGUAAUGUCAUUUGCUUUCUUUUUUUUUUUAUUUCUCGGGAUAUUUCUGAAUCUUGUAUUUUUGUCUCCUUUCCUGUGAAUAUCAUUCUCAUCAUAACUAAUAAUCAAAAUCUUCAAAUCCUUUGAUUAAAAUCACACAGUCAAUUCAGAUUACAUCUGUUUUGUCUAAAACUAACAUUAAAAUAAAAUUUGAAAAGAUGUCAACACCAAGUGUUGCUGGGAGAUAUGAAUAAAUUCACUUUCCUUGCAGAACUAGUUUGUAUUGUAUUUAACAGUUAUACAACUUUAUUUGUGUAAUAGUAAAACCUUGUAUUCAUACUGCAAGAUUUGUGCUAUAUAUAGCACAGUAUUGAAAUACGUUCAAAUUUGGAUUUUCCAAUAUUCAGCAGGUAUUGUGGUUAGUGUCAGUAUUUUAGUAUUCUAACCCAAAACCAUUUUAUUACAUGAUUGGUGGUGAUUGCACAUUUGAAAAAUUAUGACUUAAAAAUGCUUCUGAAAGGAUGUAUCUACGGAAAACCAAUAUUCACUUGUCCAUUGUAAUGUUAAUAUUUCAUAGGACGUUCAUUUCUGAAUACAAAUGGGCUCCCUCAGUUAAUUAUGGAGAUGUCCUUUCGAAAAAAUACCUUAAAUGUGUAAGUAGAAUAAGUUGUGAAAAUAUUUCUAUGGUUUUUUGAAUAUAGCAUUAGACUGAUAAUGUUGUUGCCAUGGUUAUUGUGAUCUGUUAGAUGGUGAUUCAGUAGUAUGCGUAAUUUGUUUUCAAUCCUUCUGUACACCUGAAUUGCCAAAUUAUUUUAUGCAUUUUCUGUAAAUAAAACCUUAUUUUAUCCUCAUUUUCUUUUACAUAUUUUCAACAAAAUGCAUGUAUUCAAUUGACUUUAGAAACAUGUUUUAAUAUUUUCUACGAAUUUACCUCUUUUUUCGU